UGAGCGAUAUGGCAGAUUCGCUCAUUCACUGAGCGUGACGCCGACGUUACACUAAAGGCCACUGCUGUUGAUUUGUAGCAUUUACUUACGCAUUAACCUUACAUUUUUAGCUCGCGUAAAAACGAAGCGUACUGAAAUAUUGAAUCACUUAUCGAACAAAAUCUUCUGAAUAAUCAGAUUGACUGUACUACUUAUAUAGCGGGAAGCUAUUGGCAAAUACUAUCGUUUCAUUUUUUCAAAACAUGUGACGGUUGCUCUCGAUUUCCGAAAGUGUCAAACAUCAUAAUCUUUUCUUCUUUCUUUUGGCUCCGAAUGCGCAUGCGUGGUCAUGCAGUAUUGCGCUGUCGCGAAUACACGUCAGUUCUGUCGAGUCUCAGCACCAGACAUGUCAAGAACCACUGGACACAAGCCUCGAGCUCGACGCAACAGGGACGACGCAACGCCGAGUACAAGCCAUGCAGGCACCGACGACGCUCCAUUCCCUGUAGCCGACUGCAAUACUUGAAGUACGGGAGUGAGUGUGCGACCCUGCUGACCACCAGGUUGCCAACCAGCUUAAUAUUGCGCUGUGGCGAAUACACGUCAGUUCUGUCGAGUCUCAGCACCAGACAUGUCAAGAACCAUUGGACACAAGCCUCGAGCUCGACGCAACAGGGACGACGCAACGCCGAGUACAAGCCAUGCAGGCACCGACGACGCUCCAUUCACUGUAGCCGACUGCAAUACUAUUGCGCUGUGGCGAAUACACGUCAGUUCUGUCGAGUCUCAGCACCAGACAUGUCAAGAACCAUUGGACACAAGCCUCGAGCUCGACGCAACAGGGACGACGCAACGCCGAGUACAAGCCAUGCAGGCACCGACGACGCUCCAUUCACUGUAGCCGACUGCAAUACUAGAAGCAGCAGCAGCACUAGUACCCGCAACAGCGGUGAGUCAACGCCAAGAAAAAACAAGGCGCCCAAGGAACAACCUCCAACCAAUGUCAAAGCCGGUGUGAGCAGCAGCAGUAGCAGCAGCACCAGCACUAGUAGCAGCAGCAGCAGUGGCAGCACCAGCGGCAGCAGCACUAGCAGCAGCAGCAGCGGUGAUGAGUCAACACCUAAGAAAAACAGGGCGGCCAUGGAGAAACCUCCAACCAAUAUGAAAGGCGGUGUGAGCAGCAGCAGUAGCAGCAGCACCAGCACUAGUAGCAGCAGCAGCAGUGGCAGCUCCAGCGGCAGCAGCACUAGUAGCAGCAGCAGCGGUGAUGAGUCAACACCUAAGAAAAACAGGGCGGCCAUGGAGAAACCUCCAACCAAUAUGAAAGGCGGUGUGAGCAGCAGCAGUAGCAGCAGCACCAGCACUAGUAGCAGCAGCAGCAGUGGCAGCACCAGCGGCAGCAGCACUAGUAGCAGCAGCAGCGGUGAUGAGUCAACACCUAAGAAAAACAGGGCGGCCAUGGAGAAACCUCCAACCAAUAUGAAAGGCGGUGUGAGCCGCACCAGCAGCACUAGUAGCAGCAGCAGCGAUGAGAUAAGGCCACGGAAAAACAAGGCGGCCAUGGAGCAACCUCCAACAACUGUGAAAGACGGUGUGAGCAGCAGCAGCGCUAGUAGCAGCAGCAGCGAUGAGUCAACGCCAAGGAUAAACAAGGCGGCCAUGGAGCAGCCUUCAACCGAUGUGAAAGGCGGUGUGAGGAAUGCUGGCGCUCGAAAAGCAAGAAAUCGGCACAGUGCAACCAACAACACUGCUUCCGAUGGAGCAUCGAACCAGGACAAUCAUCUCAAGCACACUAGCAUCAAGCUCUAUGGUUGCAAGGAAUGCCACAAACACUUUGCCGAAAUGUCGGCACUCGAGAGACACAGCAGGAAACACACGGGCGAAAAGCCCUUCAUUUGUGACAAAUGCCCCAAGUCAUUCACCCGUAGCAGCAACUUGGAAGCACAUCGCCGCACGCACACGGGUGAAAAACCGUAUGUCUGCAAAACAUGCCAUAACAGCUUCACAAGGAAUCAUAGCCUCAAACAACAUAUCAGAUGCCAUACGGGGGAGAAACCCUUUGUCUGCGCAAUAUGUUCUAAAAGUUUCGCAAGGCACCAUUACCUCCGGCACCAUCUCGCGACCCAUACGGCUGAAAAAGCCUUUGUCUGCAAAAUAUGCCAUAAAAGCUUCACAAGGAAUGAUAACCUCAAACGACAUAUCAGGUGCCAUACGGGGGAAAAACCCUUCGUCUGCGAAUUAUGUCCCAGAAAGUUCGCAAGGAAGGAUUCCCUCACGCACCACCUCGCUGACCAUGAAGGUAAAAAAGCUUUUGUCUGCAACAUGUGUGAUAAAAGGUUCACAAGGAAGCAAUCCCUCAAGGAUCAUCUCAUAUUGCAUACGGGUGAGAAGCCCUUUGCGUGCCCUAUUUGUUGUAAAUCUUACAUGUGGAGGACCCAACUCACCACGCAUAUUAAAAAGCAUACAGACGAAAAUUCUCACGCCGGCCCACAAUGUCCUCAAUGAUUGGCGGCCAAGCAAUUUCUCGAUUAAAAUAUCUAGUCUUGUAGAGGCGAAGACCUCGGCAUUGCGAAGGAUGAACAGAAUUCGUUACGCGCGAGUUGCCUCCGGAACAUUACUGCAGUAAACACAGGGAUGAGAAACCGCAUCAGUUUACGUAGUGCCGCAAUCGCUUAGAGGGCAAGAAAACCCUCCACAGAUGUUUUUGCUAGCAACAUACGGCUUGUGUGUGCAGAGUUAUUUUUAGAGACAUGGUUGAAAAUUCCACGCAUUCCAUUGCGCGCAUUGCUAAAUGACCACGAUAACUAAUUCGGUGCGCUGAUAAACUCAGUCGUCUGCAGAGCAUUUAUCGCCUCUAUAAAUAUGAUUCAUGGUAGCAAACAUCUCCCGCCGAGUGGCCGAAUUUUUGGGCAAAUGUACGAGUUAACACAAAGGGUGACAAUGUGGGCAAAGCGCGCGGUGUGCUUUUGAGCUCCUGUGACGGCGAAAACACUUGGAGAAAUCCUCGAUGUAAGCUGUGUUAUCUGGCUGUCAAAACAUCACGAGGGGAGAUAUUACCCCAACAGUUAGUAUAACAAUUUCGCAAGUGGGUGAUGUUCGUCUGGUUCUUCGUUCCGCAAUUCUGUCUUCAUGACAAACCCUAACAGGUUGCCGCUUUUAUAUUCCUGGGACUUCGCCUUGAAACUGCCAGCUGAAUCACCAUUAACGCCUAUUCAGUUCAGAAAAUUUCAGUUGCAAGCAUUUUGGUGUCAUUUAAACAAGUUUUUACUGUGGAUGUCUUUAACGAUUAACCUCCCAUCACAGUGGAAAUGAACAUCUACCAUGAUCUGAGGCUUUAGAGGCUGAGGAAUGCAUACCGUUAUCAGAAAUGGAGUAGCAUCCUUUCUUCAGAUUGUAAGUAUCCCAUCAAUUGUCCAGGUAUUUCGGUAGUUUACUUUUUCAUGUAUUUAACUUUUUCGCAUAUCCGUAACUGCUGCACGCGUCUACCGUAUGAACAUUAAAACCAAAGGUACUCGCAGAAAAUAUUGAUUGAAAUUUACCCAACAUUAAGCACAAAACCAGAUUUUCGAACUGGAGUCAUAUUUGUCUACUUAGAUCUUAUUUGCUUCACAAAUGUUUUCAUGUUGAGUUCAAAAUCAUUUUUAUUGAUUGUAUUUAUUAACAUAUUCAAUGAUCCCCCAUCUACAACCUUGGUGUAUCUUUCUCUCUUUCCUGCAAAUCGUGUAUUGCUUCCGUUAAAUUAGGCUGAUUAUUGCUAGAGAAUUUAAGUGGUGUUCACUCUAGCAGUUCGCUCUGGCUCAUAGACAAAGUAAUUUCCAUUUAUUUUAUUUAACGUGGAAAUGGAGAAUCGGACAAUCGAAAGGAGGUUAUGAGUGGGAGAAAGAAAUUUUCUUUUAGUUUCAAGGAUGCCUUCUUGACUUUGAAGGGCAAUUUCUUGUCCGCGUGGAAUAUACAGGGUGUUUCAGCGAACACUCAAAAUUUUUUAAAGUUUGCGUGUGGCAGAUAGCUCAAUUCUAGUUGAUAAGCCGGUCUACUCGGAGGAGGGGACACUACUUGCACAAAAAAUUGAAAUGCAAAAUCGACUAAUCAACGAGAAUUCACAAUUAACUUUUUAGCUAAUUAUGUUAUGACCCAUGUCACAAUUUACAAGUUCUAGCAGUGGACAUCGCAAUGCGAAUCCACUCGUAACAAUUUCUCAGGACGACACUAGUUUCGAUAUAUAAAUUCCCGAACAUUGCGGAGAAAUGCACAGACUGGUCGGACAAAGUCUUUCUGUGAAAAUAUGCUUUUUGGAUCGUAUGGCUGAAGCCAGAAAAAAGCCGAGGCUUCAUUCUUUAGUAGUACGGCACAUAUUGAAGAUAUAAUUUCAAGCUGCAGGGUCAAAAACCAGGUGAAACUGUAAGGCUUGAGGUGUCUUCGUUAUAAAGGUUUGCGAGGUUCUCUAUUAUGUACCGACGACGCGAAAAAACAUUCGAAAGUGUUCAUUGAAAACCCUUUAUAUUCCACGUGGACAAGAAAUUGCCCUUCAAAGUCGAGAAGGCUUCCUUGAAACCAAAAGAAAAUUUCUUUCUCCCACUCAUAACCUCCUUUCGAAGUUGUUUUGUUAUCCCUCCAUAUGUUUUGUCCGAUUCUCACCUUCCAUGUUAAAUAAAGUUAAAAGGAAAUUAUUUUGUCUGUGAGCCAGACCGUCUGCUAGAGUGAACAUCCCUUAAAUUCUCUAGCAAUAAGCAGCCUAAUUUCCGUUUGUAUGAUUGAACAACGAUGGAUGGAAGCAUGGUGUGACUUAAGAUGCUUGAAUUUUCCUUUCCUAGGCAGCCUAAGGUGCGCUAUAGUACCUCGAGUGUACUUUAGGCAUUGCGAUUGGCACUGUAAAAAACUUAUUCGUGCUUUUAAUUCGAAGUUGUACUCAACAGAUGGGUUGUGCGAACAAUGCAUGCCUCGCCACAACGAGAGUUGUUUGCUACCGUUGGGUGAGGGGUGUGCCAUAUUGUCGAUAAAGGCUACUGUGAAGGCCACUAUGAAACGUUUCAUGACUGGCAAUUGAUUGGCUCUCGAUUUUAACCACGAAACAUUUCUUUAGGGUGAUUGCUGUUAUGGUAUUACUGAAGCAUAUGCAUACUAUACAUGACGCACCAUCGUGUUAGCAGCAAUCAGCAAUUCGUUUUAUGGGGGCCUGUUUCAGAGAGCGGUGACAUAGCAUAAAAUUUUUCGCACGUAAAGCACGCCUAUUUCUUUUACGCAUUAAUAAAGUGGUCAUAUUUGAGAAGAACAACUCACCACAGUAAUAAUAAUGACGACGAGAGCUUCGCUCGGUAGUGUCUUUCUAACACGGACACAUUUUAGCACCAAAUACCAAGACAUUUCUUCUAAGUAAAAUGCAA